UAGUCACAGUGACCUAGUACUGCGGCUUGCUCUCAAAUCACCGUAAAAGACGCUGGCCUCAUGUCUACUAUCAUCAGGUCACUCUGGAUCCACUCCCGCGCCUUACGUAAGGUGGCACCUUACGCUCAUUGGGGUUUGAAUUGCUCGCCGAACAUACAACGGAAAUACUGCAGUCCAAGUAGUAGCACUACUACCUCUACUAUUGCUGCUAGUGCUAGAACCGUACUCUCGGCUGCGGAAGAGGCAGAGUGAGGUGGUGCGAAACCUCUGGCCAGGAGUGCAGCCGGCGCCGCCGCCUGAGCUCGAGUCACCCGUCUAUCUUUGCUGCUUAUCUCGAUGGUGACCGAACCCAUGGCUCCCAGCAUGACGUGCAUGGUGAAGGCGCGCAGAGCGCACUCACGGCCGCAAUACCUCUCCAGAUGGCGUCCCGAGGAGGACUCUAUUCUGCUGGAUCACGUGAUGGAGCACGGCACGACGCAGUGGGGCCUGCUGCAGCGCAGCGGGUUGCUCCCAGGCCGGGACAACAAGGCGUGCUGCAACCGAUUCAUCCUCCUCAGGAGGAAGUUUAUGCGGCAGAAGAGGUUCCGUGGCUCCGCAGUUCUCGCUGCAGAGGCAGAGGCAGCUGAGAUCCCCGACCCUGCAGACAGUCAUGGAUCCACCGGCAGUGGCAGCGGCGGCAGAGGUGGCAGCUCCCAGUCAACUACAGCUCCGCCUGUUCUUCAGGACUCCUCCUCGCCCCUGCGCCCCCCGCUUCAACUCCAGCUCCCUCGGUCUGCUUCCUUUCCAAGCGUGCAAUCCGCUCUGCCGCAACCUUCCCCACGGAAUGAAGGUGCCACCGGCAUGCAGCCCAACUUAGGUCCUAUGUCGGCCGGCGUACACUCGACGCAGAUUGGCAUGUUGCAGUGGAGCCCACUUCCAACGGCGUGUUAUCCUGCCACCAUGGCGGACAGCUCAUCGCGUGCAUACCUGUCGAACCCCCUGUCUGGUGGCCAACCCAUGCCCUCGGCUGUGCCGCUCGCGAUGGGUCAGCAGCAGGACACCUCGAAUUCAGUGCACCGGAAUGCAUUUGGAUCAUCCCAGCCCAUGCAGCAGCAACUUUUGCUGCCGCGUGGCUUGUUGCCGUCACUUCGUGAAGGCCCUCCCCACCAGUACUCGCUCGAGAAGGAUAUCCCAGCAACAACAGGUGGAACUGGCAGCAGCAUCCGUGGCAGUGGCAGCUGCAGCAGCAGCGUCAAGAAGGAAGGAGUGCUUCUUCCUGUAUAUAGCAUAUCCGACCAACUGGCCCAAGCAGUGCCUACCACUAAAAUACCAUCAAGCUCAGCCGCCCAUUUUCCACUUACAGACUUGGAAAUGCUCCUUGCGCACCUGUCUGCUGCACGUGUGCCCACAGCUCUUGAAAGGCCAACCUGUCCGACCUCACUCCAUUUACCGGUGCCAUCCAUGCAUCCACCACAGCAGCCCCCCCGCCAGAUGGGAACUUACCAUGCCAAUCCGGUGGGAAUGGCGGGUUCGUUUUCUAGAGGUCCUGCUUUUCUUCAAAUGAACCAGGAGCUCAGGUUUGAAGGUUCAAACGCUCUGGCCGUCUAUGAAGCACCAGCAGUGCAGAAUAAUGGGAGUUAAGAAAUCUCUGGUACAGGAAGAAUUCAGCCAGUUAUCUGGCCAGACCAGGUAUUUGAAGGAAUUACUGGAGGGAAGUUGAAUUUCUGUGCUUUAGAAAUGUCUAGAGCCAUUUGAAACCACACUCGGCGUGUACAUCAUUGUGUGAUAGAAGUGCCGUCACUAACUAAAUGA